UCCCCGCAGUAGCGUCCGCCUCGCAGAAGCAGCGGAGGGACGGCUGGCUCGCCCGGCGAUGACAGACGCCCUGCCGCCCCGCGGCUGCCAGGCGGCGGAGCCGGCGGAGGACGGCUACUUUCGGAAGGGAUGUAAUCCUCUUGCUGAGACUGGUCGAAGCAAACUGCAAAAUCAAAGAGCUGUCCUAAACCAACAGAUCUUAAGAGCAGUAAGAAUGAGAGCUGGUGCUGAAAAUCUUUUAAGAGCAACCACCAACAACAAAGUACGAGAGCAGGUACUACUGGAACUGAGUUUCGUAAACUCAGACCUGCAGAUCUUAAAGGAGGAAUUGGAAGGACUUAAUAUCUCAGUAGAAGUUUAUCAAAAUACAGAAGAGACUUUCAGCAUUCCCUUGGUACCUCUUGGCCUGAAGGAAACCAAAGAAGUAGACUUUACACUCCCCCUCAAGGACUUUAUUCUGGAACAUUAUAGUGAAGACAGUUCUGAGUAUGAAGAUGAAAUAGCAGAUCUCAUGGAUCUGAGACAAGCCUGCCGCACUCCUAGCCGAGAUGAAGCUGGCAUUGAGAUGUUGAUAAGCUAUUUCCUUCAACUUGGUUAUGUAGAAAACAGAUUUUUCCCACCCACCAGGCAUAUGGGAGUUUUAUUUACAUGGUAUGAUUCCUUCACAGGUGUCCCAGUGUGUCAGCAAAAUCUGUUGCUUGAAAAAGCUAGUAUUUUAUUCAACAUUGGAGCCCUCUACACCCAGAUUGGAACAAGAUGCAAUCGUCAGACCCAGGCUGGACUUGAAAAUGCUGUUGAUGCUUUUCAGAGAGCUGCAGGAGUCCUAAGCUACUUAAAGGAGACCUUUACUCACACACCAAGUUAUGAUAUGAGCCCAGCUAUGCUGAAUGUACUAGUAAAAAUGAUGCUUGCACAAGCUCAAGAGUGUGUUUUUGAGCAGAUUGGUCUUCCUGGAAUACGCAAUGAGUUUUUCACACUAGUGAAAAUGACACAGGAAGUUGCCAAGGUGGGAGAGGUUUACAUGCUGGUUAACACUGCAAUGAAUCAGGAACCAGUGAAAGAGAAUAUCCCCUAUUCCUGGUCUAAACUGGCUCAAAUAAAGUCAGACCAUUACAAAGCUCUGGCGCAUUACUUCAUUGCCACCAUUCUGUGUGACCAUGAAUUGCAGUCUGGUGAUGAUGAAGAUCAGCAGGAGAAAGCCUUGUCCCAGUUGUAUGACUACAUGCCUGAAGGACUGAUGGUUCUUACCGUUUUAAAGGACAAAGUUCAGAGAAAACAAUUAGGGAAAGCGCAUUUACGCAAAGCCAUUGUUUACCAUGAAGAAGCUCUAAGAGUGUGUGGUCUGUGCAAAAAGCUUCGAAACAUUGAUGUUCUUCAGGAGGUUCUGGCAGCCGCACACAAGCGCUCACUUCUCAAAUAUGCUCAGCAAGAGACAGAAGAUGACUUUCUCAGUCUAAUUCAGGCUCCAGAUAUCCUUUCUAAAACGGAGCACAAAAUAGAAACAAUCGCUCCUCAGUUUUCCAAGGUGAAAGUUAAAGACUUCUUUCACAGGCUGGGCCCGCUGACAGUGUUCUCAGCCAAGCAGAGAUGGACGGCUCCACGUACCAUUCGCAUCCACCAUGAAGCAGGAGAGCUAGGAUUCAGUCUUAAAGGAGGUUCGCCAGUACAGAUUUAUUGUCUUGAUCCGGUUUGUUCUGCAGCGUCGAUGGGCCUAAAAGAAGGUGACUACAUUGUUUCAGUUGGUGGCGUGGAUUGCAAGUGGCUUGGAGUGAAUGAGGUGCUGGAAAAAUUCAAAAGCAUGGGAGAGCAGCCCAUUGAGAUUGAGGUUAUCAGUUGCCAGGAUACAGCGGCAUCUAUGCAUAGUAAGAGUGCAACUUAUUCUGUGGGAAUGCAGAAGACGUACUCCUUAAUCUGUUUAGCCAUGGAAGAGGAUAAGAUUGAUCAGACCAAGAAAGCGCCUCUGAAACUGCCUUUUCUAAGUUGGGGAACUAAAAAUAGACAGAAAGCUGCAAGCACCCUCUGCCUUCCUUCAGCUGUGGCUGGAAGUUCUCAGAUUAAGAAGAAGCUUUCUCCCUUCACACUUCUGAAUACAGAAAGUUCAUUGUACUGAAUCUUUCAGAAGGAUCUGUUAAGAUAACAUUUUUCUUUAAAAUGUAUAUAAAAAAUUGAUCGAUUUUAUCUUUAUAUAUACGCGUGUAUAAAUUCAGACAAAUGCCAUUGACUUCAUUUACGGUGUAUUGAGCCACUAUGAAAGUCAGAGGCUGGCAAAAACUGUAAGACUUAAAUAUUUGAAGGUUAGAAUGAAGUGGUUUGGGAGGUAUGCAAUAACAAGAUGUAGAUGAUAAAAUUGCUUACAGAAGGACUGGAUUCUUUGGAAUUUCAAAAUACAGUAUCAUGACUAAUUUUUUAUAACUAUGAUAGAGGGGAGUUAUUUAUUACAAACUUGAUGCUGCAUGCAAAAUAAUAGGGGACACAUUAAAGCAUGAUUUUGCUGUCAAAGUUUAGAGUCAAUAAUAAAUCACUUCACACUACUUUAAAGAAUUAUCUUAACAAACCACAGGUGAGAGAGAAUAACGUUAUUCAGAGAAACUAGCCUUGCACCAAGGGGCAGUGUCAUAUAGUUGUGGUUUUUAUGCAUAGACAUUCUCUUUCUGAGAGUACUGGGUGUAUUCUACUGAAUAGUUAAUUUAAUUCUGGAAGAGAAUUAGAAGGCUUAGAAGUCAAAAGAUCUUCUGAACUACAAAAGGCUUUUACUCUGCUCUUUUUCUGAUCUAGGUUACAUUUUAAAUGCUUGCCGAUUCAGUUGUUAAAAACAGGCUUUAUUCCAAACUUGAAAUUAUUUAACCUACUUACCAAAAGACUUGUAUCUUAUUAGUCUUGAUAAAAUUGAUAGCUGUGGAACAAAUAUCAAAACUGACAUAUUCCAGUAUAUUGUCAGAGUACAUAAAUUGUGAUGCUUUAAAGUAUGAGAAAAGAAGUACUUGUGAGUCUAAGUGGCAGAAUAUUUAUUUACUGUCACUCCAAGUAAAACAAACAAAUAGAUAUAAAAUCCUCCUCCUCCCCUUGGAACAAUUAAUGAGCAAGUAUUGGCUAUAUAUAUUAAGGAGGGAGACAAAAAAAAACUCUGUGAGCAUUUCUUUGAGAUUCUUCUAUUUUCUGAAAUUGAAAGUAAUUGAAAAUUGCUAACACUGUAGUGUUAGUUAACAUUGCCAUCUACAGAGUAGAUACAUGCUGUUUGAUACUCAAAACUUAAGGGGAAAGUUUGCGUCUGGGUGUAAACUUUAAAGUUGUCAUUUAUUUUUAGUUUCUUACGUAAUAGGUGUAAAUAUGUUGAUGACACUUAUUUAAGAAUAAAAAUCAGAUGCUGCCAUUUAACUAGUAGCUUUUUGAUUCUGCUACAGCUUGGAUGAUACAGCAUAAUUUACAGGUUUUCACUAUUUACUGCUGGCAUACCUCUUGCCUGUUUCUGUAAUGUUGCUUACAAAGAUCUCAGAAACUGUCUUUCUUAAAAGCUUAUAUUGUAUAAUACAGGAACUUAUAAAUUAUAGUCUAAAACUUGCUUCCUUACAAAGAGCGUUAACAUAUUUCUAGAGUUUCCCUAUAAAGGUUACAUAAAAAAGAAGUUGUAAAUUACU